AUGAUGUACCAACGGCCCACCACCUUGUCGAUGGUGGUACCUAACGAUGAAAAUACCAAUCCAAUGGCUGCCGAAAUGAUACAAUCCAAAGAUCCCAUCAAACCAAUUUCGCUCCAUCCUUCAAAACCAGUCAUUGGUAAAAAGACAAACACGACAACAUUACUAACCACCAAAGAAGAUACAGCAGGAAUGAGGACCGCUCUCUCCUCCAUUGUGAAUCGAGUCAAAAUGAUCACCCGGCCAAAGAAACCCGAGGAUUUGAAAAAGGUGAGCAAUGAGAGUACAAACUCUUCAACGAGUACUGCUGCUCUUGCUGCUACUACAACGACAUCCAACCAAGACUCUGAAAACAAGGAUCCACAAUUAUCAUCAAGAACCUCACAAGCAGCAUCAUUAUCCACUGAGGCAACGACGAGCAGCAACAAUAACUCUACCAAUGCUAAUAACGAACCCUCUACUUGCUCUCAAAAACAAUCCAUGGCAUGUACUCCCCAAAAGAAGACCACUGAAUUCUUCACCUCACCAGGCAUAGAUAAGGCUGAUGCUAAUGAUCCUCAAUCCUGUGUCGAGUAUGUGAAAGAUAUUCAUUCUCAUCUCAAGAAGAUUGAAACUAAAUACAGAGCAGAUCCUACCUAUCUCUCGAAACAAUCUAUCAUGAGGCAUAAACACAGAUUCACAGUAGUGAAUUGGAUGAUUGAGAUGCAUCAGAAAUUCCAACUCAAUAAUGCUACACUCUUUCUGGCUGUGAACCUUUUGGAUCGAUUCCUCUCCUUGCAAGAUGUUCCUCUUAAGAGUCUACAAUUGCUGGCUGCAACUUGUAUGUUUGUCGCAGCUAAAUAUGAAGAAUUGCAAUAUCCAGUAUCGGCUGAAAUUGUUGAAAUCUCCUCACACGUCUUUUCUAAGGACGAGCUUCUCAAGAUGGAGAGAAUUCUGUUGAAAGAAUUGGAUUUCAACAUUACAGUCGCUACUGUUUAUCCAUUCUUGAAGAGGUACUCGAAAUGUGCAAGGUGUGAUUUCAAUCAAUUAGCCCUUGCAUAUUAUCUUGCAGAGUUGUCUCUACUUGAAGAGGCCUCUCUGUACUAUCUUCCAUCUCAAAUAGCUAGUGCUUGCAUCUAUAUUGCUGGAAGGCUUUGUCAAAAGAAGAAUAGUUGGGAUGAUGUUUUGCACUACUACACUGGCUAUACAGAGCAAGACAUUGAACCAUGUGCUAGUGUGAUUGUUAAAAUUGCAAGAAAGUACAGUUCCAAUGACAUUAAAACCUGUACCAGAACAAAAUAUAGCCAAGAAGAAAAGGCGAAGGUGGCAUGGAUUGUCAUGUCUUACUUUAACAGAUCAAACCAAAAAUCGAUCACCCCCAGAGAAUAA